AUGGGCAACUGGGUGGUUAAUUACUGGUUCUCAGUUUUGUUUCUGGCUACUUGGUUGGGGCUGAAUGUUUUCCUGUUUGUGCACGCUUUCUUGUCAUAUGAGAAAGCCGAUAAGUACUUCUAUACAAGAGAAAUCCUGGGGUCAGCAUUGGCCUGGGCUCGAGCCUCUGCACGCUGCCUGAAUUUUAACAGCAUGCUGAUCCUGCUUCCUGUGUGUCGAAAUCUGCUGUCCUUCCUGAGAGGCACCUGCUCAUUUUGCAGGCGUAGCCUGGGAAAGCAACUGGAUCACAAUCUCGCCUUCCACAAACUGGUAGCGUAUAUGAUCUGCCUACACACAGCUAUUCACAUCAUCGCACAUCUGUUCAACUUUGAACACUACAGCAGAAGCCGACAGGCCACAGAUGGAUCCCUUGCUUCCAUUCUUUCCACCCUAUCUCAACAAGAGAAAGAUGAAGAUUCUUGGCUAAAUCCUAUCCGGUCCCCAGACGUGACAGUGGAGUAUGUGACAUUUACCAGCAUCGCUGGUGUCACUGGAGUGAUCAUCACAAUAGCUCUGGUUCUCAUGGUGACUUCAGCUACGGAGUUUAUCCGGAGGAGUUAUUUUGAGGUCUUCUGGUAUACUCACCAUAUUUUUAUCGUCUACGUCAUUGGUUUAGGGAUUCAUGGCAUUGGUGGAAUUGUCCGGGGUCAAACAGAAGAGAGCCUGAAUGAGAGUCAUCCACACAGAUGUGCAGAAUUUUUCAAGCAGUGGAAUGAUCAUGACUCCCACUGCAAGCAUCCCCGAUUUGAAGGGCUCCCUGCUGAGUCUUGGAAGUGGAUCCUUGCACCAGGCAUUCUUUAUAUCUUUGAAAGGAUUCUCAGAUUUUAUCGCUCAAAGCAGAAGGUUGUGAUUACCAAGGUUGUCAUGCACCCAUCCAAAGUUUUGGAAUUGCAGAUGAGCAAGCGUGGCUUCAGCAUGGAAGUGGGACAGUAUAUUUUUGUUAAUUGUCCCUCAAUCUCUUAUUUGGAGUGGCAUCCCUUUACUCUGACCUCUGCUCCAGAGGAAGACUUCUUCUCCAUCCAUAUCAGAGCAGUGGGAGACUGGACAGAGAAUCUCAUAAGGGCUUUUGAGCAACAGCAUUCACCAAUUCCCAGGAUUGAGGUGGAUGGUCCCUUUGGCACUGUCAGUGAAGAUGUUUUCCAGUAUGAAGUGGCUGUGUUGGUCGGAGCAGGAAUUGGGGUCACCCCCUUUGCUUCCAUCUUAAAAUCUAUCUGGUACAAGUUUCGGCAUGCAGAUCACAACCUUAAAACACAAACGAUCUAUUUCUACUGGAUCUGCAGGGAGACAGGUGCCUUUGCCUGGUUCAAAGACCUAUUGGCUUCUCUGGAACAUGAGAUGGAGGAAUUAGGCAAAGUGAAUUUUCUAAAGUACCGUCUUUUUCUCACCGGAUGGGACACCAACAUUGCUGGUCAUGCCGCAUUAAACUUUGACAAAGCCACUGACAUCCUGACGGGUCUGAAACAGAAGACCUCAUUUGGGAGACCCAUGUGGGACAAUGAGUUUUCUACAUUAGUUAAUGCCCACCCCAAAUCCGUGGUGGGAGUCUUCUUAUGUGGUCCUCAGACUUUGGCGGCAAGCCUGAGUAAGUGCUGUCACCAAUACUCCAGUCUGGAUCCUAGAAAGGUUCAAUUCUACUUCAACAAAGAAAAUUUCUGA